CGUGUAAGUUCCCAGAACACACAAUCCGAAUGAGCCAAACCGUUCGCUGAAAAGCUGGGCACAGCAGCGAGAAAGAAAUGGAAAAGAAAUGCGUUGAAGAGAAGAGAACCGAAUAAAAAACUGAAGAAAAGAAAUGAGCUGAUUGACUGACUGGUGCUGCUUGGUGAUGUAACUCUAUAAAAGAAAGGAUUCCAAAAAUUUAUAGUAAAAAAUGAAGCUGACCUUUCUAUUGCUGUUUAUGACCACAACUCUGAUUGCUGUUCAAUUAACGACCGCAUCACCCGUACAAGUUGUUCAAGCAUUCAAUGAUGGUUCUAAAGCCAACGAAGUAGCACGACAACAAACAGUUAGUGCAGCCGCCCCUGCUCCUGCCGCCGUUGAAGAGGACGACGAUGAUGAUGACGACGACGAUGAUGAUUUGGAUAUUUUAGACGAUGACGAUGAUGACGACGAUGAUGAAGAAGGUGACGAUGAUGAUGACGAUGACUACCUCGAACGUUUCUUCGACGAUAUUCUAGGCGAAGACGAUGAUGAUGAUGAAGAAGAUGAAAUUAGUCCAUCGACUGGUUUGCAGCAACCAGCUGCUAGUGUUCAACAACCAGUACAAGCCGCCACGAAUAUUGCCGAAGAAUCACCGGUCGCAGCUGAUUAUCCAGUGGAUGACACUUAUAACGAAGAAGAAAACAAUGUCGGUGUUGAGGUAGAAAGUAUUCAAAAUGGUGUCGAUUUAACAGCCGAUUCAAACUUGAAAGACCAAGCCGAAGUGCAAACGGCAGCCGCCUCUGUUGCCCAACCAGCCGUUCAACAGGUAUCGAAUGCUUCAUCCGAUGACGACGAUGACGAUGACGAUGAUGACGACGAUGAUGUAACCGAUUUCGAAGAAGUGCUGGAUGAUGACGACGAUGACGAUGACGACGAUGAUGAUGACGACGAAGAAGAGGAUCUUCUUGGCGAAGAUGCACUUGAAGCUCGUGGACGGAAAGCACGCGCCGUUACAUCCGUCAAUUCAACUGAAGAAACAGAAAAAUCGGUCACACCAGCCCUCCUGAAUGUAGCCGAUACAUUAAAUGGAAUCACACCAACACCACAAAUUGCACCAAAAAAUGAUAAUGAUGAUUCCGCACCAAUUUUGGCAACCACCACACCAAACAACGUACCCGACGCACUUGUCUACAAAUACAAUCGCUACUGUGAUCGGAUUUAUGAACGAAUUGGUGCCAUUCUUAAGCAAUCAUACGAUCCAGUCAAUGUACGGUUAUCAACAUCGAUCACAACCAAACAGGGUGUCAAAAAGAAUGGACAAAAGAAAAAGAAGAAGAGCGUUCAUGAGCUGGGCCGCAGCCAAGAUGGAAGUAUCAAUGAGUCUGAAGCAAAAGCACGAACCGAUUGUGUUGAAUCGAAUCAAUCGAAAGAAUGUUCCGUCGCUGCAAAAACCCAACAAAAAAAAAGUGUUCAACAACACGGUGCUUCCGCUGCGGGAACAACGGCAUCGGCUGGUGGUCAUAAAUUGAGACAAAAUCAACAUCAUCAUCACAAUAAAAAUACGGUUGUGCGUCGCAAAGCAAAUGUUACCAAACAAAAGACACCGGCCAAAACCGAUGCAACCAAACCCCAGCAACAAGUUAUCAAUCGGGCACGUGGCACAUUGCACGGUCUUUCAACAAUAAAACGUCAUGGAAAUGUUCGCGUCACUCCAAUGAGCGACUAUAUGUCCGUGCGCUCGAAUUUCGUACUCGGUCCAUUGGUUUUGAGAGUGGAAAAAUCAUUUGGACGCGGUGCUAAACGAGAAACAAAACGUGCCACUGCAACCACAACACAAAUGAUUGGACGCAUCAAUUUACGUGUCUCCGGCAACAAUGUCACACUUCAUUCAAUCAAAGUUCAACAACCAAAACAGGUGAAGGUAGACAGUGCCGAUAAUCAUGAUCGUACCCGUAAAUUUGUAUGGCAAAAGAGUUCACAUAUUGCCCAGGUUGUGUCACAAAAAUUGGCUUCAGUUGCCCAGGCAUUCCUUCAGCAAUCGACCGAAGCAGCUUAGAUCGGGACAGCAACUCCCAUUGCUGUCUCUAUUGCGCAAGAGGCAAAUUACACACAAAAACCAAUAGACACGUAGUUUAUUCAAUAAUUAUUAAACUUAAUGAAGAGCCUGAGUAUCCUUAAGAUAAGAUUAAAAUGAACGAAAAUGAAAAACGAUAUUCGACGAUGACAACAACACUUAGUUACUUAGAUAUCAGUAUUCAACUGAAUGCUGAAAUUUCAAUUUUUCCGGAAUGAAUCGUAAUUGCAACACGUUUUCGAUCAAUUGAUUGGUUCGAUUCGGGUGAAUGCGGAUAAUUUUGCAUUUCGUUUACGAUAUUAUUCAUUGCAUUUAAGGUGUAUUAGACUCAAUUCAUCAAAACAUAGACACGCUUCGCUUCUUUUUUUUCGUUCAUUUAAUUAAAACUUAUUUAUUUGCGUAUUUAUUUAUUUAUUUAUU